AUGAAAUUCGCACAAGCCAGUUACGGAUGGAUGUUUUUUCUUUAUAAAAAUAUUUUCUUUGGGCCCGGGAAAUUGUGCUGCUCUUCAAACUUUUGUUGCGUGAAAAGAAAUCCUGCUAUUAACAGCGACACCUGCUACUGUAAUGUUAAUGCUAUCUUACAUCAGCUGAAAAUCCAACAAAAAGACAUUAUAUAUGCCAGCUUCAAGAACAGAUUGUAUGAGGUUCCAUUUUACAUUGCUGUCGACCAUGAAUACAAAGCAAUUGUUGUAGCUAUCAGAGGAACACUGUCAUUUCAGGAUGCUCUGACUGACUUGACAAUUGAGAGUCAAGCUGUGGAUAUAGAUUUUGACGGGGAUGCCAGAGCACACAAAGGCAUAUUGCAAGCAGCUUAUGAUAUUCAAAAGAAAUUGACGGAUCUUCAUUUGUUGGAUGAUGCUUUCGUUAAAUAUCCUAACUUCAGGCUUGUCAUAACGGGUCACAGCUUGGGGGCUGGCACAGCGGCUCUGCUAUCUGUUUUGUUGAAAGCUCAGUACAACAAUCUUGUUUGUUUUUCUUUCUCGCCUCCUGGUUGGUUGGUCAGUUCUGCUUUGUCUCAAUACAUGCAAGAAUUUGUGCUCUCAGUUGUAAUUGGGAAAGACAUUAUUCCAAGGUUGGGACUGUACUCGAUGAAUGAUUUGAAAAACCGACUUAGAUAUUUAAUUGCAAAUUCUUUUCAGCCAAAGGUAUGA